ACACAAUCACUUAGCCAUGGCUUCAAACUCUUCUCUUCUUCUUCUCCUCCUAGUCGUCGCUUGUUUCAUCUCACCGGCGAUCUCGCAGACUUGCUCUACGCAGAACAUACUAUCCGCCGACAGAACUCCGUUCGAGAAUUGCCUGGACCUCCCCGUACUCGAUUCCUAUCUCCACUACACUUACAACGCAACCAACUCAUCUCUCUCCGUCGCUUUCGUCGCUACUCCGUCUCGUUCCAACGGAUGGGUGGCUUGGGCUAUCAACCCCACAACGAGGGGGAUGUUCGGCUCUCAGGCGUUCCUCGCCUACAGUCCUCGAGCCGGCGCGCGUCCCGAGGUGAACACGUACAACAUCAGCAGCUACAACCUCAGCAGAGGAAGACUUUCCUUUGACUUUUGGAAUCUACGCGCGGAAGCCAUGGCCGGUAACAGGAUCGUGAUUCGCACGUCGGUUAAGGUUCCGGCGGGAGCUGAAAGCGUGAACCAAGUGUGGCAGAUCGGCGGGAAUGUGACUAGCGGUCGUCCGGGGGUGCAUCCUGUCAAUGCGGCGAACUUGGCCUCUACGGCGGUGCUGAGAUUUACCGUCUCUGACGCUCCGAGCUCUGCUCCAGGCUCAGCUCCAGGCUCUGCUCCGGGCUCUGCUCCAGGCUCUGCUCAGGGGCCGACCACUCCUGAACAGGCGGGUGGUCCAGGGAACGCGGGUUCGAUGACAGCUAGCGUAAAUUUUGGAAUUUUGGUUAUGUUGGCUACUAUUUUCAUGUUUUGAUUAUGAUUUCUUCGUCUUUACAUUACUUUUUGCACAAUAAUGGAGCCACAUACUGUUUAAUUUCUAGUUUUAGAUUCAUUUACUCUCUUUUUUUUUUCUACCUAUCUCCUCUCACCCACAUCAAUUCUGAGUUGUUGUUUUUUUGUUUGAAAAAACACAUUAUUCUCAUAUUCUGAGUUGUUAUUGGAUUGUAAGGACCAUUAUUAUUAUCACUAGGGAUCGUUAACCGGGCCAAGGCGCGGAGUUUUUG